ACCUUGGUUAACCUAUGGCUUUAAAUCAGCUGCUGCUGUUGUUAUAAACACUUAAAAUAUUUUUCAUAAAAUAAUAAAAAAGAAACAAUGUUUUUGAAUGUUAAUUGUGUUUACUAUUGAAAUGCAUUGAAUAUUGACGAACUUUUUUUUAUGUGAUGUUUUGAAAUGUAAAAUUUUUGAUUAGAAAUAAGUUUCGCAAAAUGAGUACUCAACAAAGUCCGGCUACUUUGCAAGCCACAGUUGACCGCGAAAAAAUUUAUGGUUGGAUUAUUGAGUUAUCAAAUCCCGAAACACGAGGAAAUGCAUUGGAAAUGCUCAGCAAGAAACGUGAAGUUGUGCCGGAUUUAGCUCCAAUGCUCUGGCAUUCCUUCGGCAUUGCAGCGUCUUUACUUCAGGAAAUAAUAAAUAUCUAUCCGGCGAUUAAUCCCGCAACUCUCACCGCACAUCAAAGUAAUCGUGUUUGCAAUGCUUUAGCAUUAUUGCAGUGCCUUGCCAGUCAUCCGGAAACACGGUCUGCAUUUUUACAGGCCCAUAUUCCUCUGUUUUUAUAUCCAUUUUUGCACACAGUGAUAAAAACACGUCCUUUUGAAUAUUUGCGACUUACUAGUUUGGGAGUGAUUGGUGCAUUGGUGAAAACCGAUGAACAAGAAGUAAUAACAUUUCUGUUAACCACUGAAAUUAUACCACUGUGCUUGAGAAUCAUGGAGAGUGGAUCGGAAUUAUGCAAAACUGUUGCAACAUUCAUAUUGCAAAAAAUACUACUUGACGACAGUGGACUAUCUUACAUUUGUCAAACAUACGAUAGAUUCAGUCAUGUGGCAAUGAUUUUGGGCAAAAUGGUCUUGUCCCUAGCAAAAGAUCCUUCAGCACGUUUACUUAAACACGUUGUCAGAUGUUACCUUCGUUUGUCUGAUAAUCCAAGAGCUCUUUUGGCAUUGCGGCAGUGUUUGCCCGAUCAGUUGAGAGACAAUACAUUUGCGACUUGUCUGCAGGAAGACAUGUCUACUGAGCACUGGUUAAAUGAACUUUUAAAGAAUUUAGAAACUGGCCCACAAACAGGUCCUUCCGCUCAACAAGCUUCAACGCAAGCUAAUCAACAAGAUCCCAGAACCAUUGGCAUGUCACCUUUAACAUCUUGAUGAGUAUUGUUAGAAAUGUAUUAUCAUUUAAGUAAAUGAAUAUCAUGUAAUAAAGACUUGUAUAAUAAAUCAA